AUGUUGCAGGAGAACGACACCGAGAUGCCUGGGCCCGCUGGCGUACCGCAGCGCAAAAUGACAUACUUUGUGCCGAAGAGCGACAACUCCAACGAACAAGUUCGGGUGCCAAACGUCAUCGCUCUCGUCGGACUGCCAGCCCGUGGAAAAACCUACAUUUCUCACAAAUUGUGUCGUUACCUCAACUGGAUCGGUAUUAAGACCAAAGCGUUCAACGUCGGGGAGUACAGAAGGAAAGCGUGUAAUCUCGAAGAAGAGGGUGAGAACGAGUUCUUCUCACCGAACAAUGCCAGGGGUCAGAAGAUUCGAGAUGAAGUUGCACAGCUGGCCAUUAAUGAUAUGGGAAAAUAUCUAGAUAACAAGGAAGGAGAAGUUGCGAUUCUCGAUGCAACGAAUACGACAAGAGAUAGACGAAAGCUUCUCAUGGAAUUUUGUAAGAAUCUGAUGCACGACCCACCCUUCCGUGUCUUCUUUGUGGAAUCGGUCUGUGAUGAUCCGGAUAUCAUCAACUCCAAUAUUACCGAAGUCAAGAUCAACUCUCCAGACUACAAAGGAAUCAUGUCUCAAGAAGAGGCGAAAGAAGAUUUUUUGAAACGUAUUGAGAAUUAUCGAAUGCAAUACGAGCCGCUGGAUGAAGAUUAUGACGAGGAGUUGAGCUACAUCAAGGUUAUCAACGCUGGAAAAUCAUUCUAUGUGCACAAUGUAAACGGUCAUGUCCAGAGUCGUGUUGUUUAUUUCCUUAUGAACAUUCAUCUUUUGCCCAGAAGUAUUUAUUUAUCUCGACAUGGAGAAAGUGAGUACAAUUGUAUUGGUCGCCUUGGAGGGGACUCGCCACUCAGUGCCAAUGGUCUUCUCUACGCUGGAAAACUACGAGAAUACUUUGAAGCCGAGGAUUUGGAUGAUUUCCGUGUCUGGUCCUCUCAGAAGAUCCGUGCCGCUCAAACAGCGUCUCACUUGAAGGAUCUCGCCGGCCACACCGAAUUCUGGAAGUGUCUCGAUGAGAUUGACGCUGGGAUAUGCGAGGGAUUGACGUACGAAGAUUUCGAAGCUCGUUACCCGAAACAGUUUGCUGAAAGAGAUAAGGACAAAUAUCACUAUCGUUAUCCGAGUGGAGAAUCGUACGAGGAUCUUGUUGCUCGUCUAGAACCAGUCAUCAUGGAGCUUGAGAGACAAUCCAACGUGCUCGUCAUUUCUCACCAAGCUGUUCUUCGCUGCAUUCUUGCCUACUUCACCAACAAAAAUCGCGACGAUUUGCCAUAUCUGAAAGUUCCUCUUCAUACCACUAUUAAAUUGACUCCAAAGGCAUAUUCUUGCGAAGUUGAACUAUUCCCAUUCCCGAUUAAGGCUGCUGACACUUACAGAGAGAAACCUGAUCAGAAACAAUAA